GUUUUGACGAGGCUUGUUUCUGCAAGCUUCUUGUUGAUCCUGACUUUAAAUUUUUGUUUAUUUGCAUAGUGACCAAAGCUCUUGCCAUACAAAAAAAGACACAGACAUGUUUGUGUGUGGAGUAUGCCGUGAAUCUUACAGUAGCCUUGAUCAAUAUUUAGUGCAUUUUGAAGACCAUAAUAUAUUUCUGGAUGCAGACAGACAUACAUGCAUUAAACAGGAAAGUAAAAUAACAUGCACCAGCUGUGAACAACAGUUUUUAACACCUUGCUCAUUGCAUGAACAUUGCAAAGAUCAUGGAUUAGAUGGAACUUAUAUCUUUGAUGGCUUAAGUAAUACAGCCUUUCCACUCGGGCAUGAGUGCGCAAAGGACGACACUAGAUUGGCCGAUGCAGCUGAUAUUGUUAUUGAGUUUAGUGAGCUCUUGAAAGAAGACAAGGACUGUUCUCUGCUUAAUGAGUGCAACAGCUUUUUAAAAUAUGUGUCUAAAAAAACGAGACAGAAUUUGAAAUCACCAUUGUCUGAUGAUAAUGGGAAGCGUAGAAAUAACUGUAAAGUCAACGACAAAUCUGUAAAAUUAAAGCCUAAUGCUGUAAAGAAUAAACAUGAAAAGGUUAGGUAUUUUGAGACUAAUGUUGAGCAUAAACAUGACUAUGCUUUUGAGGUUGAAAAGAAUAUUACUAACAACUUGACUGUGGUAAAAAAAGAAGUUAUUCUCACUGAUUUGGCUAUAAAACCUGAAAAGGAAACUGAUAAUGGUGACGAUACAGAUGAAUACGCAAUUGACGCAGAUAGCUGUAUUCUCCAAGAACGCGACACUUCAAAAAACCUUACAAAAUCAUUUAUGAAAGCGAGGAAGGUUAGCGGAAGAAACGAAAGAAAACAAAAAGAAAAACCAUCUGUAUCUAGAUACAAAAUUAAGAAGAGAAUAAAUGAUUCGAGUUUGAAACAUGGUAACAACGAAGACGAUGUUAAUGUGAAGAUUAAAAAUGGAAUUAAAUAUAUUGAAUGUGAUAUUUGUGGGAAGGACAUACAGAAAGUACUUCGAAAACAACACAAUAGGAUCCAUAGCAGCGUGCGACCAUUUAAAUGUGAGACAUGUGGAAAAAUGUUCAAGCGCAUGGUUAAUUUGAAACAGCAUAUACCUACACAUGAGGAAGUGAAGCCAUAUUACUGUGACCAGUGUGGGAAAGGUUUUGUACUCCCUUCACAGUUGAAGAUACACAUCAUGUCCAACCAUUCUGGGGAGCGGCCACACAAAUGCUUACAUUGUGGAAAGGCAUUUGUAACCGUCUUCAGGCUCAAUAGACACAGCUUAAAACACAAUGAAAGGCAAACCCAGUGCGACACUUGUGGGAAACAGUUUCUGAAUGCCUACAACCUCAGCUGCCACAUUAAAAAUCUCCACAAGAAAGAAAAACGCCACACUUGUACAAUCUGUAGGAAACAGUUCUCCACAAACUAUCAGCUCAAAUGUCAUCUCAUUAAACAUGCAGGUGUUCGUCCAUUCACAUGUCCACUGUGCCCACAAGAUUUUGUGGAAAAGAAAGAACUUCGACGUCACUUAAAAAUACGACACAACAAGGAUCUGGAUGAGAAAGCAGAAUUGCCAGAUCUUACAAAAGUUCUAGAAUCUGUACAGGCAACUUUGCAACUCCAGUACCCUGGCAUCAACUUAAACAUUGGAGGACUCGAAGACAGCGCCAAGGCACCAGAGAAUUUAACACAGCCUGGUGGGAGUCUGGAUGGUGAAGAAACAAAUAUACACGACCAUUCUGUAGCAUUUGGCCAUGAACACUUCAAAAUCGAUACCAGCGCGUUUGUUUAUGACGCUAAUAGCUAAGGGAACAAAGUCACAGUUAUGUAAUAAGAUAAGCAGCAAGUUGAAUCUGUAAUUGAAAGUCAGAGAUAGAAUGAUGGUAGUCACAAAGUUUAUAAAUGAACACCAAAUAUGAACUGUGCAUUUUUGUCGAGCCGUCGUGCGGUGGGCGAGACAUAGUUAUCACAAUGUAGGUUCUGUGUAUGUGUAUACGUCAGGUUCACCAUGAUGAGGCCGCGUUUCACACACAAGACUCAAGUGUGAUACUCAAAGGUCAAGGUCAUGCUUAGAGGUCAAAGGUUGGAAUAUGUCUGUGUCAAAGGCUCUUUCGAUGGGCUCGACAUGUCCUCUGUUGGUGUGUACCUAGUUAUAUUGUAGAAGUUCAAGAACAUGAAUCAAAUCGGUAACCACAGUCUGUGUUCAAUCAGGGCUGGAUUUUGUUAAAUGUAGGAAGAUCUUUUUCUUCAUGCUGAUUUUGGUAUCAGUUUUAAAAUAUUUCUAUUUUUGUAAUUGUAUUCAUUGACAUUCCUUACUCAAAUACAAUGUAUGUAUACAUCUUAUGAUAUUAUGAAUUAAUGGGUUAAUCUUUAAAACUAUUAUCAAUUCUGCAAAGUUAACACUUUAAGUUUAAAUUUUGGAUAUUUUACUCAAGUUUUAGAUCGUAUAAGCUUGUUUGAUAUUUGAUGUGUUAAAGCUUUAUUUUACGAUUGUGUAUUACAACAUUAUAUUUAUCACUGUUGUUUGCACAAUGUAACACAAGAGUGUGGUCUUUUGUUGUUGGAAAACUGGAGUACCCGGAGGAAACCCACUUGUCUGGCUUGAUAACCAGAACCCAAACUCACAUGUGCCCUCAUGCCGGGCAUCGAACCUGGGUCGCUUUGGUGAGAAGCAAGUGUGAGCGCUAACUGGACAGCGUUGGUCUACAGUGUUACAGAAGAACAUUGACCAUAACUCUAAAACAGUGAUAAACUGUCAGAUGACAUUCUGUGGGAAAUGGAGAACUAUUCAUUUUGACAACGAAAUUUUUUAUCCAUACCGAGUGAUAACGUUAUGAAUGUAUUUUUCUAUAUUAUAAUAGGAAACAAUAGUGUAUGUUAAGUAUACUGAGUGAGCUAUUAUUGGUUUAUAAUGAAAUAAAAUGAACCCAUAAAUGACAUAGUUUACAGUUUUAUUACUCAACUAUAUAAAGUUUAAUUAGAAAGGCUAAAAUGCUCACAACGUUUAAAUAGACAAAAUCAGGCUAUCUUUUAAAGUGGCUUUCAAUCUAUUUGCACAAUUUGUCAUAAUGUAAAAGGCUUAAUCAUUUAGUGCACGGCAAUAACAGAGGACAAUUGUCUGUGUCUGUGUAAGAUAGCAAUCUAGAUAUCAUUCUUUUUUAUUAUUUUUUUCAAAGAAAUUGUUGAAACAUUGUAAAGGUAUUGGCGUUCUUAUCAUAAUAACUCACAGACCGUUAAAGAAAUCUGCAUGAAACUUGGUAUUCAUGUUUAUAAUAACAAUAUCCAUAUUUGUAGAAAGUCCCGUAACUCCUGCUAAAAUAUGUUCAUUCGUGCCUCCUGAUCGAUUUAAGAUAAAGGACUGGCUACGUUGACAUCAACCUGUGGUGGUUCUUGUUAUUCCGUGCAUUGCAUGCAUACACGUACAUUAAAAAUAUAUUCAUUUUAGAAUUUCUGGAUUUUAUUCAGUACAAACUCCUAUUUUCUGAGUGUUUAGUGCAAAAAGAAAUGAAACGGUUAAAAAUUAAAGUUAUUUUUCCCCUACAAGUUUUAGAAACCUUCUACAUCCAAAAAUGGCUGUACUAUUUUGACAAAGUUGAGUGUCAUACAAAAAUAAGAAUUGAGAAGAUUGUUUGGAACUUUUUUUACUUUUGCAAAUAUGUGAUAUCACAAAAAAGUAUAUGCCAACUUUUUGGCGAAUAUAAUGACUAUUUUGGUUGUGUUAUUUUGUAAGAUUAGACCAAGGUGAACAAUUAGUUAUGUCUCUCCCAAUGAAUUGAGGACGCAGUGACCUUGAUGUGAAAAAAUGGUUUCCACUUUUAUAUAAAUUGGUUUACAAAACCGGCGGGUCUAAUUUUCCGAAAAGUACAAAAAAAAAUAAAAAAUGAAUUUCACUAAUUUUUCAAAAUUAUUUUCACGACCGUAUUGACUUUGGUGCGAAACGAAAGAAAAACGCACAGAUAAGAAUACGAAUGCAGUAGAUCUCGACUGGUUUGUUGUUCCAUGGCCGUAUUUGCCAAUUUAUAGUGAUAGCAUGUGAGCCAGUCGACUGUUGUGGCAGCGCCGAUUGCAAUGGCGGAAUUGACGAUAGCAGUCAUUCUUUGUAUGAAAUAAUUAAUUAAAAUAUGCAGGAGUUGUUAAAAUAACAAUAGCAAUAAACAUUGGCAAAUUUAACAGCCGACACAAACAAUAACUGUCACGUGAUUGUUGUUAUUCCCCGCCAAUUUAGGUCAUGAAAAUAUUGUUGUUUAUAGAUAAAAAAUAAAAUUGUCAGCGGCUGCCAUCGAAUUAGUAGACACAAAUAUCUGUAAAUUAUGUGUGAGAAAAACAUUUUAUAACAUUUUAUGGUUAAAUAUCAAAUAACAGUGCACUAAGUGUGAGUGGUGAAAUCGAAAGUAAAUUUUUUUAAGUUGAUACCGGUGACCUAAUUUCACAAGUUCGGUCGAUGGUGUUUAUGGAUUUAAAAUCACAAAAUGGUUUGGAAAUACUUGUUAUUGAGUCAAUGUAAAGCUUGUGUUUAUUCUAGAUUACAUGUUUAUUCAUGUUUGGGUCAAUAGUAGAGUAAAAACAAUGAAAGAGUUGAACACAUGUCUCAAUGACAUUUUAAUACUAAUGCCAGGAGUUGUGUGCAAAACAUUUAGAUAAAACAACACGGAAAACUAUUUUGAAUAAGUCCAUUUCAAUUUGUAAUUAACUUGAUAUUUCACUAUAAAUGAGAGUUGUUGUUGUAACCAAGGAAUACUCUUUAAAAUGAAAAAUAAACAAGCAUGAAGUAUAGAUGCCCUGUGAACUCGUGUAUAGGCAAAAUGGUGGAGUUGGGAGAAGAUGAAAAUAUCCGAUACAUAAUUAUGGAUUUCUCUGUUACUAUCAUUGGUACAUAAAGUUAAGUCACAUGCUAGAUUUAUUAUUUUGUUAUGUGAUUUUUAUGUACUGAUGUGGUAAUUUGCUGCAAGAUUUGAAUUUGAAAUGGAUUUGGUGAACAUCCCAUGGUAAAUAUCCCGGUCCGAAAAUAUCUGAACUUAGCAUGGAUCGGGUUACACAUAACUAGGACCCACCAUGGUAAAGGUUAUUAAAACUCAAAUCUAGGUCUAGUUUGGUUUUUAGUUUUUCAGGAAUUGCUAUCACAAUGUUAAAGCCCAAAUGUCUUCAUAAAAUGUUACUUUCUUAUUUACAAAAUUGGUAAUUAUUUCACGUUAUUGGCAUUUUCCAAUAUUGAAAUAACUGUAACAAUGUUUAGAAAAUAUUAUGUAUUGUUUUAAUACAGUGCAAUUUUUUGUAUUUUAAUGCGUAAAAUUGCCUUCUCUUUUUUCAAUUUAAUAUUGUUCAGUUUAGUGUUCUGCAUUCACUUUUGCUUUAGCAUACCCUUGAAGCUUAACAAAUGUCUUGCUGAGUGAUAUUCAAUGUAUCUUUGAUAAAACGUGUAGUUUAUACAUGUAAACAUGUUUUAUAGUCAAUUUCAUUGAUGUUUUAUAAACACAGUAUGUAAGAUUUAAACUGUGUGUUUAAUUAGAACUUUGAAACUUUGAGUGUAUUAAAACAUGCAUUAAUAGCAGUUUAAAAAUUUAAAAUGUCAU